GUUUUUCUCGAGCCAGUACAUCGGGCAAAUCUCAGUUUUUCGUUAUGGAAAUCAAAUGCCUGCCGUGCCCGGUGUGCACGACUCCGCAUUUUCGGAACGUGGACACGCUGAGGAGCACCCUGGUCAAAGCGGCCACCAAUCUAAUCAGGUGCCCCAUUUGCUUCGAAAGCCUGAUGGGCCUGGAUAAAUUGACUAUACAUUUGUUCAGCCACGUAGAGAACCGAGAUAAAACAAAUACGGCGGUUUUGGUGGACGAAAUAGAAGAAAAAAUCGAAAAGGAGAGUUUGAAGAACGCAGAUGAUCCGGUGAAGUGCGACAUAUGCUCGUUCACUUUCGCCGAUAGACAAAUUUUGGACAUCCACCAGAAAUUGCUGCACCAAACGACGCCGGACGCGACCACAGGGUGCUACAGCUACCACUGUCACCUGUGCAACAAGAAGUUCAAGUCGAGGGGCAGCUUGAUGGUGCACCUCAGGGUGGCGCAUUACGGUUUCAACCGGAGCGAAUGCCAAGGGGGCCGCCCGGAGAAGCCCGAUGUUCCGGGGGAUGCGGUAGAGUGUAAGGAAGCUAAACCACUUGUGGACGCUGACGAAAAAGAUGGCAAAUCGAACGAAAAGUGCGGUCAAAAGUGCCAGGAUAAUAAACAAUGGGAGUGCGACGUUUGCAGUAAAUUAUUCACGACCAAGUACUUUUUGAAGAAGCACAAGAGGUUGCAUACAGGUGAAAUGCCUUAUUCCUGCAACUUGUGCAACAAGUCUUUUACAUUCCAGCAGUCCUACCACAAGCACAUGCUCUACCAUUCUGCGGAUAAGCCGCACACGUGCAACGAAUGCGGCAGGUCCUUCAAGGAGCUGUCGACUUUACAGAACCACGCGAGGAUACACUCGGGAGAAAGGCCUUUCAUCUGUGAAACUUGCGGUAAAAGCUUCAGGCAACGAGUUUCUUACUUGGUCCACAGAAGAAUCCACACGGGUGUAAUGCCUUAUAAAUGCUUGACCUGCGACAAAAGUUUUCGGUACAAAGUGAGCCAGAAGUCCCACAAAUGCCUGGCUAGUUCGCCUGGAAACGCAAGUCAAUCCGAUGCGUUCCAGAGUCCAGUGAAAGUAAAAGAACCUAAUCCUGCUUCGAGUGAAGAAGCUUUUAAUACUGCGAAUGCUUCCUCGCGCCUCCUUAACUCGGUAAAGCCUGAACAGUUAAGUGUUAUAGACAAUACUUUUGCUACUGCUGAACAGGGCACGUUUGUCGUGGACAAUAGCCCAAACAAAUUGAGCGUUGCUAAAAAUAUAAUGAACGUAGAUUUUGAAACUGGGACAAUCAGUUUGAUUUCGCAAACAAAUAGAAUUUGUUCUAACGAAUCUUCGCUGCAGAAAAAAUCGAUUAAAUCGAAGCACAAAGGAAUCGGUUGCAACCAGGGGCGUAUCAAAAACGGGAAUCUACUAAAUGGUUCAGUUGAUUAUGAAGUAAAAAGCAGCAAUUGUGAAGCACAAGACGGUUUCGAGAAAUUGAUUCAAGCCGAUGCCGAAAAAGAUGUGUUUUCACCGCUGAUGUCCAAUUUGCUCCCGGAUGUAGAAUCGUUGUACUUAAAUAAUUCCCCGAUGAACGACGAACCGGAUUGCCAAGAACAAGAGAAUAUUAAUUACAUGCGAGAAAAGUGCCUCGAGGAACUUCUAAAAGGUAUCGAAUGAUUUAGAAAAAUG